AUGGACACGGCGGCGGCGGCGCUUCAUGUUGUGACCCUCUUGGGGGCUUCGCCGAUGAGUGUGGCAGGUUUGUCCCUCGUCGUCGCCACUCCACCAAAUCCCCCUGGGGAUCUCCCCUGCCCGAUCCACCCAACCGGCCUCCACCUUCCCCUCGACCCAUUCCACGCUCGGGUUCAAACCCCGCCGGAUCUUCGCCGGAGCAGAAGCUCCCUGACCAGCCCCGGUUCUCCCGCAGCUCUGUCCGAGCCGCCACCCCGUCGUCCUUCGUCCUCGCAGUCGCCUUCGUCCACGACCACAGGAGCUCCUCCCGAGUGGGAGCGCUUGCGCCCGAGGCCCCAGCUGGCCCAAGCUCCUCCUCCAACCAGAACCCCAGCACCAGCAGCAGCGCCCUCUUGCAGACUGCUGCCUCGUCAGCUCCGCCGCUGCGACCAGUUCCAGCACUUCUACAGCAGCCGCCAUGAAUGGCCUCUUCAGGAGCUCCCAUCGCCGCGCCAUGUCGCCGUUCCUCUGCUUCGUUGCCGCGGGAGGGCGAGCAGCCGCCGCCCGCCAAGGAGCCAGGGCCGCCGCCUCCUUCAGUUCGUCAAGCCAUCGUUCAAGUUCGUUCGGCCCCGAUCUGGACCGGAUCUCCUCUGCUCCGCCGCCCAUCCGCCGAAUCCGCCACGUUUCGGCCUGUUCCCGCCGACCCCGUCGCCAGGACCCCCUACCGUCGUCUUCUCCAUCGCCAUGGUCCUGCUGCUGUUUCUGUUCUUCAGAAACGAGAGCAGCAGCGGCUCGCUCGUCCCGAGCGUUGACCGCGCCCCCAGCGCCUGGGCCGCGUGCCGCGAGCCGGCCCUGCAGUCGCAUCCAGCUGGCUCUGCCUGUCCCAAACCUCUCCACCGGCUGGGCCUUGGCCCAUGGUUAGCCCCCCCCCAGAUCCAGCGCCUAGUCAGUUUCGGCCUGUUCGUUAUUUUUUUCUGCCGAACGAAUUUGCUAAUUAUCCAGGGAAAACUGUUUUACAGAAAAGUCCCUCUACAUCAUGCAUAUAAUAACUCCAUAACCGUGCAUCGGAAUUAAACAAACUAUAUAUGUAAAAUGCUUAGAUUUCCAUGUACUUUCAUAAUUUGCAACUUUCAUCCAUGUUAAAAUGUUUAAACUUGAUGUUUGCAUUCAUUUGCAUAAAUGACAUGUUAAAAUUAUUUAUUUCAUAACUAAUUAACCGUAGCUCCAAAUUAAAUAAACUCUAUAUGUAAAUGGGGUAGAAAAAUGUAUAGAUUAACAUGGUGGCGUUAUUUUCCAUGUUUAAUAACUCUAAAAUUGUGUAUAGAGCAGAACAGUACCAAAUCAAAAAUAUGCACAUGGGGAUUUUCCGGAAUUAUUGUUUGUUGUUUCGGGCCUCAUUUAAAUUGCUUAGAUAGAUAGAUGAAUUAUGCUUCAUGUCUUGCCAUGUUAACCAACAUUUGAUAUUGAUGAGUAGCUUAAACGAGAGUGAACUAAAUACUUGAAUGUGGUGUUUCGUCAAUAUGCAAAGAGUAUGCAACUCGUUGCAUAUUGAGCUCCACUUAAUUGUAGUAUUUGAUUGUUUCACUUUGACAUGCCAUGACUCACUAAUCCGUACAUGCAUCAUACUUGAUUGUGCAUCAUGCCAUGCUUAUGCUAGCGUGUUUACCGUGUUUUUUCUUUUCUUUCCGGUUGUGCUUCUUCUCGAUAAUUCCGGUUACGUUGCGAUUGUGAGGAUUCGUUCGACUACGUUGGUUCGUCUACUUCAUGGAUUCGGUCUUCUUUCUAGUGGGAUUUCAGGCAAGAUGACCAUUAUCUUGGAUAACACUACUAUCUUUGCUUGCUAGUUGUCUCGAUGCUAUCGCUAUGUCCCGCUACCUACCACUUGUUUAUCAAACAUCCCAAAUUGUCAUGAUAAGCCUCUAACCUUUUCCACCAUCCUAGCAAACCAUUGUUUGACUAUGUUACCGCUUGCUCAGCCCCUCUUAUAGCGUUGCUAGUUGCAGAUGUACUGCAGGUUGUUUCAUGUUGGCACAUGUAUAUCAUGGGAUAUCACAAUAUCUCUUAUUUAAUUAAUGCAUCUAUAUACUUGGUAAA